UAAAAGUCUAACAAACACGAUGAAAGAGAUUUUUAUUGGAUGAAAUUUAUGCUGUAUUGAGGGUUGAGAGAAAUCGCGUUCUUGAAACUCCUUUUAUCUUUAAAAUGCCUGAACCAACCAAGGAACAAAUUCAGCUUGUAUUUAAAAAGCUAAAGCAAAACCGUUAUAAUAAAUCAUGCUUUGAUUGCCACACUAAGAAUCCAGACUGGGCUUCAGUAUCAUUUGGCAUCUACAUUUGUACCAAUUGUUCUUCUGCUCACAGAAACUUGGGGGUCCAUAUUAGCUUUGUAAGAUCGACUGUGCUUGACUCUUGGACCUGGGACCAACUACGUCUGAUGAAAGUAGGCGGAAACCAAGCAGCUUCUGAAUUCUUUUCGAAAUCAUCAAUCAGCACGACUAACGAUGCUAGACAAAAAUAUAGUAGUAGAGCUGGUCAACAAUAUAAAGAGCUAUUAACAAAGAGAGCAGCUGAAGAUGCCAUCACGCAUCCUGCCAAUGUAGUAAUUGACAUUGACAUCCAAGAAGAAAAUGAGCCUCCAAAGAAGGAAGAAAAGAAGGAAGAAAAGAAAGAGGAAGAGGAAGAGGUUGAAAAAAAGAAAGAACCGAUGAGCAAGCCUGUGGACGAGAAUCCACCAGUACAAACAACACAAACUACGCUUACUACAUCUACUACGCCAAAGCCACCUACUACUCGACCAACAUCAACGAAUCGAACAGCGAUGGGCAUACGUGCACCUCGUAAGCCAGGAAAGACAGCAAAGCUUGGAGUCAAGAAAGCACCGGUCAACUUCAAUUUCGAAGCAGCUGAAGCACAAGCAAAACAAGAUUUGGAACGAAAAGCCAAAUAUCAAGAAGAAGAAGAAAAAGAGAUGACAAAGGAUGAAGAGGGCUCAAGAAAGCCCUUGUCUUCUCGGCUGAUGUAUCAAGACAACAAUACUGCAAAGGAAGAAGAAUACGAGAAAUUAGGCUUUGGUAUGGCUCGUUUGAACGUGUCAAUGCCUGAACAAAAACCAUACGUAGAGGAAACGACAUCAGCAAGAGAAAAAUUUGGCUCAGCACGUGCUAUUUCUUCAGACCAAUAUUUUGGCAGGAACGAAUAUGAUCCUGCCAUUUCAGCUGCUGAACAGAGUCGUCUUUCCCAAUUCUCAUCUGCAAAGGCUAUUUCGUCCGAUAUGUACUUUGGCAGAGAUUCACAAGAGGUGGAUACGUACAGUGGACAUGAUACAGUCUCGUUGACUGACUGGGAUAACGUACAGGAUCAUGCAGUGGCUAUGGCACGUAGAAUCGUCGAUCAAGCUGCCCUUGAUCUAGACGCAGUGAAGGAUCUUGCAGAGAAUGCGACGAAUAAAGUGAGAAGUUAUUUUAAUGCAUAA